GCUGACUAUCCUGACGUCUCCGAAGCAAUGGAAGACGAUCAGAGUGAAUCCAGCUCAUCUGGUGACGAUAGUAACGAUGAUUCAACUGCAGUAGACGAAGACGCAAUUGCCCGGCUUGAAGAAGCUCUUUCUACAAACCAAUAUCUUUAUGAUAGCCACGUGGCGUUGAUUGCAGAACUAAGGAAAGGAAUAGGAAAACCAGAUGCCUUUUACAAGCUACGACAGGCUCGGGAACGCAUGAGGAAGCUGUUUCCUUUGUCUGAGGAUCUGUGGCUGCAAUGGAUUGGAGACGAAACACUAUUCAACUCAACUGCUGUAGACAAGGACUUCGUCAAGGGUUUGUACGAUUCUGCUGUCUCUGAUUAUUUAAGUGUUCGUGUGUGGUUGGAAUAUUGCAAGUUUACUAUGGGAACCAUGGUAGACGGCCUGGCUACUCUUGAUGACGUCAGAAGUGUGUUUGAAAGAGCUUUGAUGUCAUGUGGAUUGCAUGUCAGUCAAGGAAGCACGUUAUGGGAGGCAUUCAGAGAGUUUGAGAUAACAAUACUUGAUUCUGUCAAUGAACUGUCCAAGGAUGAGAAUGACAAAGAUGUGAAGUUACAGAUGGAUCGUGUUGCCAAUAUCUUCAAGCGUCAAUUAUCUGUUCCUCUCAUUGGCAUGGAAGCAACUGCAAAUGAAUUCACGAAAUGGGCAGAAGAACAUAACGUUGUGGUGUCUAACUAUACGCAAAGCUACAAGAAAGCUUUAUCUACCCUUGGCAAAUGCAUUGAAUAUGAGGACAGACUAAAGCAAGCAGAGUCUCCACGACUGGAACAAUACAAGGAAUAUAUUCAAUUUGAAAUGUCUGCUGCUGACCCUGCAAGGAUCCAAUGCAUUUAUGAACGAGCUUUAGCUGAGAAUUGUUUGCAUGCUAGCUUGUGGAUGGACUACACUCACUUCCUAGACACAAAACUGAAAAUUAAAGACGUUUCUCUUGUAGCUCAUCAAAGGGCAGUGAGGAACUGUCCUUGGAUAUCACAGUUAUGGUGCAGUUGGAUUAGAGCAAUGGAGAGGAAUGCAGUAGAUCUGAUGUCAGUGAAAGAAAUGUUUGAGGAGGGUCUACGUUGUGGGUUUUCAUCAGCUGAUGAUUACAUUUCAUUAUGGUCAGCAUUUAUUGAUUAUCAGUGGAGGAGGAGAGACAGUGUGGAUGAUAAAGAGGAGAUUAUAUCAACAGUUCGAGAGACAUUUCAGAAAGCCGUUGAGCACGUCAAGCAGCUGUAUGGCCAGAAAGCUGAUCACAGUUGUUCACUGAAGCGACAUUGGGCUGCAUUGGAAGCAACACACUUUAACAGCAUAGCACGAGCAAGAGAACUGUGGGAAGAAGUCAUGAGUGAAGGCCAUAGACGAAGCGUUAGCAUGUGGUUAGAAUAUGCUGAGUUAGAGAGGAGGUGUGGGUCAGUAACACAGACAAGAAAGCUGCUGCAUGAAGCUGUAGUGAGAGGAAGUGAUGAACCACAACGAGCAUAUGAAGCUCUUCUCAAGUUUGAGAGAGAAGAGGGCACUUUGUCUGAAUGGGAAUCAGCAUGGGAGAGAUGUCAAGUCAAAGUGAAGCAAAUAACAGAACAACGAGCAAAAAUGGAGGCAGUUGUUGAGGAGAAGAAGAAAGCAGGGAAGAAGAGAGAAGAUGGAGAAAGGAAGAAGAGAAAGAAAGAAAUUGAUGAUGAUUCUUCAGCAGCAAAGCGAAGUAGGGGUGAUGCAGAAGAAGAGAUGGAAAAAGCAAAGAAAACAGUAGUGAGGUGUGAUGAUGAACGGACAGUCUUUGUGAGCAAUCUUCAAUUUUCAACAACAGAAGAUGAGCUAAGGCAGGCAUUUUCAUCAUGUGGAGAUGUCACGAUCAUCAACGUUGUCAAGGACACAAAAUGGAAAAUGAAAAACUAUGCCUAUGUUGAAUUUUCUUUACCUAGUGCUAUUGAUGCUGCACUAGCUUUAGAUCGUACUUUGCUGUCUGGUCGUCCAAUGUUUGUCAGUCGCUAUGGUCAAGGAGGACAACAUAGAUCAAAACCAAAGUAUCCCAUUACACCAGACAAAAACACAGUGUUUGUAUCAAAUCUGGCAUUUGGUGCAACACCAGAAGAAGUGAAGGAAAUCUUCACGCAGUGUGGAGUAGUGAAGGAAGUUCGUAAAACAUGUGAUGCAUUAGGAAGACCAAAGGGUUUCGCUUUUGUUGAAUACGAAGAAUCAAAAUCAGCUAGGGAUGCUGUCACAGUGCUGGAAGGAUACAGAUUACGAGGUCGGCCUAUAAAAGUUGCUAUUUCUAAUCCUCCACAAAAAUCUCUCAUAUCAAAGAGAGGAGGUAUGACUGGUAACAAUAUGGGACAGAGAGGUCAUGUAGAUUCUGAAGGAUUUGCCAUUCCACUCAAUCCUGGCAUUCGGACAAGUAGUCGGACACAAAUUAGUUUGGUACCUCGUUCUGUCAAGCAAAAGAAAGAAAACGAAACAUCGAAUGGAGAACCAAUUAAACCAUCUCAACGACUGAGUAACAAAGAUUUCAGAAACUUGCUUUUAAAAAAGUAGUGUCUUGUGUGACACUAUAUAAGCAUGUGUUGUGUCUAGUUGUAGCUAUGUGAUGUGAUGAGUGGGACGUGAGUAGCUUGCAGUAGAAUAGUGACCAAAGCGAUGAGUCAAUUUGUACAUGUAUACGUGUUGCUGAAUAGAACAAUUUUUUAUUAUUACUGA